AUGUCUUCAGAGCAAGAAGCUGAAAAACUAACUGAUGAGGAAAAGCCAAAGGAUGAGAAUCCAAUAGAUGAAAAUUCUAAAGAAGAAGGUAAUGAUGAAUAUGAUAGUGAUGAAUAUGGAUCCGAAGAAGAAGAAUCUUCAGAAUCAGAAUCAGAUGAUAUCGAGUUAGAUCAAGAUCUUAACGUCCAGGCUCAAAUGAGUGCUAUUGCAUAUUCAACACGCGCAUUAAUUCAACCAGGUCCACUUAAUAACUACGAAGCUUGGAUUACUCAAUCAGAUAUUGUUACUCAAGGCAGCAAAAAUCCUUGGGAAAUUAUUAAUCCAUCUGGUGUUCAUCCACGUAACAACAAGAAAUCUAUAUUUUAUUACGAUCUUUCUGCUUUGCCUAACGAUGUAGAGUCAAAGCCUUGGACAGCUCCAGGUGCUGAUAUUACAGAUUGGUUUAAUUACGGAUUUACAGAGGAAACAUGGGAAGAAUAUAGAAAAACUAUGCUUAAUCGUAUCAAGAAUAUUGAAUACGAACAAGAAAUUAAGAGCCUUACUGGAGAUACACGUCAACAAGUUAAACGAAAUUAA